CAGCCACUUAAACCACCCUGGAGUGGAGACAGUGUCAGACUCAGUUCCUCCUCCUCCACUUCCUCCUCGGAGGAAAUCUGCCACUUCCAGCGGUCCUGCCCUCCCCUUUAAAGGAGGACUUUCCCUGUGCCGAGCUCCAGCCCUCUUCGCCUGCGGCUCAGCCUGUGCACCAGCCUUCCGUGCACCCGCCGCGCCGCGCAGCUCCUGCAGGAGGGCGCGCGCCGAGAUGGAGAGCAAAGCACUGCUCCCGGUGGUCCUGGGCUUGUGGCUCCAGAGUCUGACCGCCCCCUGGGGAGUGAUCGCCGCCACCAACGGAGGAAGAGAUUUUAGGGACAUCGAAAGUAAAUUUGCCCUAAGGACCCCUGAGGACACAGCUGAGGACACUUGCUACCUCAUUCCUGGAGUGAUCCAAUCUGUGGCUAACUGCCACUUCAACCACAGCAGCAAAACCUUCAUGGUGAUCCAUGGCUGGACGGUGACAGGAAUGUAUGAGAGUUGGGUGCCGAAACUUGUGGCUGCUCUGUACAAGAGGGAACCAGACUCCAAUGUCAUCGUGGUAGACUGGCUGACGCGAGCCCAGCAGCAUUAUCCAGUGUCUGCGGGCUACACCAAGCUGGUGGGAGAGGACGUAGCCAGGUUUAUCAACUGGAUGGAGGAUGAAUUUAAUUACCCUGUGGGCAAGGUCCAUCUCUUGGGAUACAGCCUCGGAGCCCAUGCUGCUGGCAUUGCUGGGAGUCGGACCAAUAAGAAGGUCAACAGAAUUACAGGCCUGGAUCCAGCUGGACCUAACUUUGAGUAUGCAGAAGCUCCUAGCCGCCUGUCUCCUGAUGACGCAGAAUUCGUGGAUGUCCUACACACAUUCACCAGAGGGUCACCAGGCCGAAGUAUUGGAAUCCAGAAACCAGUGGGGCACGUUGACAUCUACCCCAAUGGAGGCACUUUUCAACCUGGUUGCAACAUUGGGGAAGCUAUCCGUGUGAUUGCAGAGAGGGGCCUUGGAGAUAUGGACCAACUAGUGAAGUGCUCCCAUGAGCGCUCCAUUCAUCUCUUCAUUGACUCUUUGCUGAAUGAAGAGAACCCAAGUAAGGCCUACAGGUGCACCUCCAAAGAGGCCUUUGACAAAGGGCUCUGCCUGAGCUGCAGAAAGAACCGCUGCAACAAUGUGGGCUAUGAGAUCAACAAGGUCAGAGCCAAAAGAAACACCAAGAUGUACCUGAAGACUCGUUCUCAGAUGCCCUACAAAGUCUUCCAUUACCAAGUAAAGAUUCACUUUUCUGGGACUGAAAGUGACAAGCAGACCAACCAGGCCUUCGAGAUCUCUCUGUACGGCACAGUGGCCGAGAGUGAGAACAUCCCCUUCACCCUGCCUGAAGUGUCCACGAAUAAGACGUACUCCUUCCUGAUCUACACGGAGGUGGAAAUUGGAGAGCUCCUGAUGCUGAAGCUGAAAUGGAAGAGCAACUCCUACUUCAGCUGGCCAAGCUGGUGGAGCAGCCCCGGCUUCACCAUUGAGAGGAUCAGAGUAAAAGCAGGAGAGACACAGAAGAAGAUGCUCUUCUGUUCCAGAGAGAAAGUGUCAAAAUUGCAGAAGGGAAAAGGCUCUGCGGUGUUCGUGAAAUGCCACGACAAGUCUCUGAAUAGGAAGUCUGGCUGACACCAAGCAAAUGUACAGAAAGAAGACUAGCACAUGAACUCUGUGAAGAAUGAAGUGAACAAAGUGAAUUUUAUGAGAGAUGCCCAGUGCUUUGAGUGUUUAAAAGUGGAUUUCCCUGAGUAUUUAUCCCAGCGGUCUCCUUCUUAGUUCAGUCAGGAGACAAUCUCAAAUACUAAAAAGUGGCUACUUCCAUUCGAGGAGUCUAGUGGGCAAAUUGCACAACCUCCACCAUUAAAAGACGGUAGACAUGAAAAGCCCUGUGUUUUGUCCUUUGAAGAAAAAAAUUUCACCUACGCAUAGUAAAAUAUGGCUUCUUCAUGUGACUGGUUUGGCUAUGGUCACAAAUUAGUUAGAACUUCUUAUUUUAAUUAAAUUUUGGGCUCUGGAGACUGAAGUUUUCUCAAAAUUUUCCUCAAGUCUGAAUAUGGAAAAAGGUUUUCUGUAGCGUGAGUCAGAUCCAUUUACUCAGCAGGGAAAAUAUCAGAUCUUUUUUAAUGGUUCUUUUGCCACUGGGACGUGGCCCAGUAGUGAAACCAGAGUACAUGAUGAGGAAGAGGGAGAGACAAUGGGGCUGAUGAGGUGCUGAGCUUUGGCCCCCUUGACUUGCAUCAUGACAAAGUUACGGGUGAUUUUAUUGCCUCGUCUCUCUAUCCCUCUUUUCUCUUUGUCUUAAUAUUAUAUGUUAACAGUGAUCUCUGGAUAAAAGUUGAAAAUGAACCUGUAAAUUCUCAACUAACACAUAAGUUGGAUGAUGGAAAAAGAAAACAAUCAUAACAGUAUUUUCAGAUCUUUCAAAUCAUUUACAUCUAAUUUAUCAUCUGACACUAUUUAGGCUUGUUAUGAUCACGCUUCAGUCAUACUUUGAGCAUAUCUCUUCAUUUAUGGCUUGAAUGUGUUCAAGUUCAAAUUCUGCAUCAUGUGAAGUACAAACUAGACAGGAACCACUUUUACCAAGUUAAAAGAAUAUGUGCCUAGGAUCUAUGCAUAAGCAAUGCUUAUAAACCCUUGAGUAUAAACCCUUGAUUUCCAUAGCCAUACCAGGUGCCAGCAGGGCUGUUAUUGUUUUGAAGGACUAAUUAAAAGUGAGUGGACAAUUACUUGUAAGCUAGAUCUCAUAUUUUCAGAAUGCUUUUCUAUAUAUUAAUACAAAAUGAUAAAGAAGUCAUCUAUAUCAGAGAUUAUUGCUGGGAACCCAAUCAGUGAACAUGUAUGGGUGUCUGAACACAAACUCAUAUAUGAAGCCCCACAUGUCUACUUGUCAUUCAGCAUGAUUUGGAACAUAAAAAAUCAAGGGAUGUACUGGAACAUACUGGAGUAGAAAUAAUUCCAGAUGUGCUAGAACAUCAGCCCUUUAUUGGAGAAAGAUAAUUAUAUCUAUAUAAUGUAGGAUAAAUGCUGUGAUUGACUCCAUCAGGCUUGGAAUUUGCUCUAACAAUAAAAUGAUGUACGAUUUGUCACUGGCAUCCCCCUUUAUUGCUAGUUCAUUGAUUUUCUGGAUUUGGGUUUUGAUCAAAGGUGCACAAACUUAAAAGAUUUGGCAAAUCAGUACAUGGCACUGGAAAUUUUAGCUUGUAUAGACUUUGCUAUAUAUAUAUGCUGAUAUAUAUAGCAAAAUAGAUCAAUGAUGCUUUGGCUUUGAACUUUAUUUAUUAGCUGUAAAUAUAUGUGUGGAUGUGUAAGGGAGCCUGUACAUAUAGGAAAGUUUGUAAUGGUUAUCUGCAUUUAUUUAUAUGUGGUGCUUUGUAUGUGUCUUGAUCAAUGAUGGUCUCACUGAGCCAAGUUACUCUUAUGAAGUAAUACAAUGAAAUGGGCUUUUUUUUUUUUUAAAAAAAAAAAAGAAAUUUACUUAACUAUGUCAGAAAUUAAAUCUGCUUUUAAUAAAAUUGACAACAUUUUAUUACAA